CGACGCGACGUGUUUUGGAGCUAAUCUGCUGCAGCGGCUGUCCGAGCUCGGUUGGUGGUGGAAGUAGAGCACGGUGAACAGAAACAAGAUUGGAGCAUCAUGUCAAAAUUAAGUGGGAAGGUCCAGACCGUCCUGGGUCUUGUGGAUCCAGACCAGCUGGGCCGCACCAUGACCCACGAGCACCUGGUCAUGAGCUUUGAGUGCAGCUACACCACACCUCCACCUGGUGACGAGGCCGUGGCAGAAAACCCGUUCCAGAUGCAGCACAUGCACUGGCUCCGGCAGCACCCCUACAGCUGCAGGGAGAACUUGUUCCUGUCGCAGGAGCUCAGCGCCCUACGGGAUGAGCUGCUGGCCUACAGGAAGGCUGGCGGGGGCACGAUAGUGGAGAACACCACGACGGGCAUCGACAGGGACCUGCCUGCCCUACGACAGCUGGCCAAGGACACCGGGGUCCACAUCAUUGCAGGGGCCGGGUACUAUAUAGACUGCACCCACACUGAGGCCACCAAGAAAAUGAGUGUGGAGAAGCUCACGGAUAACAUCGUCAGCGAGGUGCUCCACGGCGCUGACGGCACAGACGUCCGAUGCGGCGUGAUAGGUGAGAUCGGCACCGGCUGGCCCAUCACGGAGAGCGAGAAGAAGGUGUUGAGAGCCACGGCCCACGCUCAGUCUCAGCUGGGUUGCCCGGUUAUCAUCCAUCCUGGCAGGGACCCGGCCGCUCCAGUUGAGGUCGUCCGGAUUCUCCAGGAAGCCGGCGGUGACAUUAGCAAAACUGUCAUGUCUCACCUGGACAGGACUAUAUUUGAUGAAGGCGAGCUGCUUGAGUUUGCAAAUAUGGGGAGUUACCUGGAGUACGACCUGUUCGGAACGGAGAUGCUGAAUUACCCGUUUAACCUUAAAGUGGACAUGCCCAGCGACAGCCAGAGAGUGAGAACCUUGGCUUUUCUAGUGAAGGAGGGCUACGAGGACAAGGUACUGGUGGCCCACGACAUCCACACCAAGAACCGCCUGACCAAGUUUGGCGGCCACGGCUACUCCCAUAUUCUCAAGAACAUCGUGCCGAAGAUGCUGACGAGAGGCAUCACUCAGCACCAGGUGGACAAAAUCCUAAUCGACAACCCUAAACGCUGGCUGACCUUCAAAUGAAACAAACAAAAGAAUAAUGGAAGCUGAUUUGACAGAGCUGUGAUUUUAUUUUUUUUCAGCAUCACACAAUGAACAUUUUGAGAUCAUUACAAUAAUCACAACCAUUUGUUUAACCCACAAUGGUUAAACAUAAAUAGUGCUAGUGAUUUUUUUUUCUGUGUUUUGUAAACAUAAUAGUUUGCUGCAGAUUGUUCAGAUGAAGAACUUUUAGAAAUAUAUUUUAAAUUAGAACUUGAGAUCUACUAAUGAAUGGGCCAAUUUUCCCUUGACUGACUCUCAUCGGUAGUUGGCAGAUCAAAUACUGAGGCAUAUGACUUUAGUUUUCCUUUUUAUUACAUGUAUGAAAGCUCAGUUGUCUUUAAUAUUUAAUAACCAACAAGAUGCACUUCUUUAUUGAUUUUAACCAAAAACAGAUACGAUUGUUGGUGCAUGGAAACAAUUAAAAAAAAAGUGUAAUUGAGGCCUUGCUAAUUAGUACUGUGGUGUAUUAUAUACUAUUUGCUUUGUGUUUUUGAUGAUACAGUUUUCACUUUGUUGUCAAGACUUAUAAUUUCCCCUCCGUUUCAUGUGCUUUUCCCCCUCUGGCCUCCUCAACUGAUUCAAAUUAGGAAUGCACUGAUCUACUGUAGUUGUGCAGCGUCUUAUCAAGUCCAGAGGACCCCAAAACAUUUCACACUACAUUCAAUCAUUCACACACACACAUUCACACGCUUAUAUAUUAUGUUCAUCAAAAUCAGACAAAUGUUAGGGACAUGUGGUUUUAUGCAUCAAAAAGAAAAUAAUGCUGUUAUUUUCUCCUCCCAGUACAGUGAAUAUAUAUUUUUUUUAUCUUAAUCGGUCAGUUCUGAAAUUGCUUGGUCAGACCUCAAAAACCCGAACUUGGUAUUAGUCAUCAAAAGCCUAAUCUACAAGAAAAAAUAUUUUUUUCUUUCCACUUUUGAUCAUGCAUUAGUCACUUUGCAAAGGAGUUUUGCUCAGUAUUUGUGCUUUUUCUUUUCUUGUUUUGAUCUCAUUGGUUGGUCAAACUUAGCAAUACACCAACUGAUCAGCCAGAGAUUGGAAUCAGCAAAGUUGAUUCAAACGUACUACCACAGUCAGCUGUAAUGGUUCUUAAGAAUUU